GGGAAGGCGGGCUGUGGCGGCGGGAUGGCGCUGCCGGUGCUGUCGAGCUCGGGGGUGAAGUUCCGGCGGGUCCUGGCUCAUUUCCCUCAGGAGCUCAGCCUGGCGUUCGCCUAUGGCUCCGGCGUCUUCCGGCAGGAGGGGGCCUCGGCCGGGCACAGCGAGAACAAUAUGCUGGACUUCGUGUUUGCAGUUGAUGACUCGGUGACCUGGCACAUGAUGAACUUGUUAAAGAACAAGAGUCAUUACUCUUUCCUAAAAGUGUUUGGGCCAAAACAGAUAAGUAAUAUACAGAGCUAUGGAGCAGGAAUUUACUACAAUACUUUAGUGCCGUGCAAUGGUAGGAUGAUAAAGUAUGGUGUAAUUAGCACUGAUACCCUGAUUGAUGAUUUACUUCACUGGAAGACCCUCUAUGUUGCUGGACGCCUACAAAAACCGGUGAAAAUCCUGACACAGAAUGAGAAUGGCAAGCUGCAAGCUGCCCUUGUUAGCAAUCUGAAGAGUGCAGUCACAGCAGCCUUUCUCAUGUUACCAGAAAGUUUCUCUGAAGAAGACCUCUAUAUGCAGAUUGCAGGACUCUCCUAUUCUGGUGAUUUCAGAAUGAUAAUAGGAGAAGACAGAUCGAAGGUGCAGAACAUAGUGAAACCUAAUGUUCCCUAUUUUCAGAAGCUGUACAGUAACAUAUUACAGGACUGCCCUCAAGUGGUAUAUAAGCACCAUCUGGGAAGGCUAGAGAUCGAUAAAAGUCCAGAAGGUCAAUUCACACAACUAAUGGCUUUGCCAAGGAGUCUGCAGCAAAAGAUAACUUCUCUGGUAGACCCUCCUGGGAAAAACAGAGAUGUGGAAGAAAUUUUACUGCAAGUUGCCCAUGACCCUGAUUGUGGAUUAGUGGUGCAUCAAGGCAUCUCAGGCAUUGUGAGAUCUUCCAGUAUAGUGCAGAGUGCUAAAACCAUACUAACAGCUGGGGCAAAGAAAUCUGUAACUUACAGUAUGAAGAAAUUGUAUAAAAUGACAAAAGGAUGGUUAAAGAAGACAUCUUGAGUCUUGACACGCUAUGUAUGGGUAAACAAGCGGUACCUUUCCUCCAAAUGUUUUGCAGGUGUUGCUGAGCCUACUUGCAAAGAUGAAAGUCUACUUAAGAAGCCAGUUUGAAUACCUUUCCUGUCCAUUUUUACUACUGCAGUAGGAUUUUUUUAUUAGAGGGGAAGAUUUGAUGGCAGUAGGGCAAAGGAAUUACUGUGUAAAUACUGAAAUAAAUUUUUACUGCGUAUAUGUAUUAGGUUUUCAAAGGAUUUUCAGAAACCCUGGGUGAAGGUGAUGAAUUGUACAUACAGUAAGAACCAAAGCCAUUCAUUUUCUAUGUAUUAAUAGCUCUAUUUUUGAAAAUGCCACCAAGGGUCUUUUGAAAUGCUCUCCAGUUUUAGUCCUCUCAGACACAGAACUGGAGUGUCCGUAUAGCUUUAAAUAGAUUUAUUUCUGUGCUUGCAAGUUCAUCCUUAGAUUAUUAUUUUUUGACGAUACUAAGUGGGUAUGUCUGCAGGUUAGACUUUGUGAAAAGCCCAAGAAGCUUGUCAAGUAUAAGUCCAUUUUGUAAAAUUGGUAUGUUCUUUUUAAUGAGAUUCAGGUGACAACUGCCUCACUCAUAGCUAAUCAUAGCUAGAGAUUGUAAGGAGUGUUAUACUUUUGUUGACCUUCAGCAUCUGCUUGUACGUUUAUGAAAUGUUUUUAGCAAAAGAUUUUAUCGAAAUGCUUUAAAAUUGGGAAUUUUAUGAAAAAAAGUACCUAUUGUGUAAUUCAUUGGCUUCUUUGGUUCUUGAAAAUCAUGUCCACAAAGAUAAAACCACUUGCUUAAUUAAAUGAGCUGUGAUGAAGAAGUUGGACCAUCACAUGAAUUCUUACAUCACAUCUCUGAUACCAUUAAGGAAUGGAAAUUUAUGGCAGUGUUCAUAUGUGACAAUAAAUUUGAAGCAUCUGUUGUAAAUAGAAUCUUUUUGGCACUGAUUUAGGUGGGCUUGCAAACUUUGGGUGUUAUUAUUAAUGUAACUUGAACACUUUCAUUCUAUUUGUGAAAAUGUCUUUUUUUUUAAAGAGUAAAAAGUGGAAAUACUUUCCUCAUUA